AUGCUGGUUGGAGCGUACCUAGCGGUGGUAUAUCAGGCUCUGCUCCCAUAUGAAGGACGCCCGAUCACGCAGCUCGUGCCAGAAGUGCGCAUUAGCAAGCCGCAGUAUUUCAAUGCAGUUCUUUGGGCGGAGUCUCUUCUCCAGAAACCGGCAGCAGAGGUGAACAAUGUCGUCCAUCAGCAGGGCACGUGGGUGAUGGAGGGAGAGACUCUAAAAGGCACAUUCACCAGGAAGGACAACGGCAAACUCCUCACCACCACCCGGUCACUGGUUGGUGGGGAACUUGUACAGAUCGCUUUACGAAGAAGACUAAGAAGACUUUUAGUGAGAAGUAAAUCAACCAAAACUAUGAACUACCACUCCUACAGAAACCAACUCUGCGACGCCAUCAUCGAGGUUGAAGGCACUCAUUUCCAUGCGCACAAAUCAGUGCUCUGUGAACUGAGCCCGUAUUUCAGUGCUCUGUUCACGAGGUGGAGCAGCCCAGGCCAGUUCUUGUACACCGUCCCUGGUGUGACUCCGAACAUAAUGAAGUCCAUCAUCCAGUACGGUUACUCACAGCAGAUAACAAUCACGCAAACGAACGUGAAGGCUCUCUUGGAGGCAGCCUAUUACCUGCUGGUGGAGGACAUUGUUCACCUCUGCUACCAAUUUCUGGUGAAGACACUCUGCCCAAAGAACUGCACUGAAAUAUUGCGGCUUGCUACUGCGCACUCCUGGCACGAGCUGCGUGAUCGGGCGUCCCUCAUGGUGAAGCAGAGCCUGAUAUACCGCCAGCUACGCUCCAACUCGCGCGGCGUGGGUGACCGUUCUGGCAGAAGACGUCAAAUACCGUACACACUGCGUCACUCGAGUAGUAAAUGAGCCUGGAACUUUCAUCCAACUCAGAUCAC